CCUUAUAUUUUUAUGAUUUUAAAACUUAUGUUUCACUUAUAAUGUAUAAUGGGGCUAUGUCCAAAUUCUGCAGGUCCUUCCUCCCUGGGACUCGCUCUAUCAUUGGCAAACUCCUGAAGAAGAAAUUGGCAAUCAAAAACAGUUAUUUUGGGACAAUUUCUUUGAUGUGCCCAGCAUGAAAGAAUUUGCUCCGGUUUUAGAAAUGCAUCAAUUUCUUGAAGGUGUGAAGCAAUUCAAGGUAGAUGAAGUUUUCAUUUUGCAACAUUACAAAGAUCUGUUUGAAUCGAAAGAUGGCCUGAUCGACUGGAAACCAAGAUGGAAGAAAACUUCAUGCAAUCAGCCAGAUUCAUCACGGAAGUUUCGGAAAAUCAAAGAUGAUGAAUAUGAAGUGAAUUUGUGGGGCUACAAAAAUAUAACUGCCAAAAAUGUUCAUUGUAUAUCUUUCCAAGGCGAGGCAUCUCUUAUAGCUGAGUUACUCGACUUUUACAGACCAAGGAUUGCUGUAAUUGAUCACGCAGAAGUAGCGCUUCACCAUAAUUUCGGAGGUCCCACCUACUGGAAGUGUAGAAGAAGUAUGCGCUUCAACAAGCAACUCGUCAAAUUGGCAACUGAUUUUAGGAACGAGUUUUUGAAUUCAAACGAUAUCACGGAUAAAACAUCAAGACCUGACGAUUGGAAGCAAGAAAAGGAGCAAAGAGAUGCCAUUGGUGGACCUUACUUGGCUGUACACUUGAGGCGGAAAGAUUUUCUAGUUGGAAGAAGGGACAAAGUACCAACAUUGGAAGAAGCCGCUAAACAAAUAAAAAAACUACUUGAAAAACUAAAUUUGAACACAGUGUUUGUUGCAACUGAUUCUCCCACCUUGGAAUUCUUGGAAUUGAAAAAACGCCUGAUCGAGUACUCAGUACUGCGCUACGAACCCUCGAAACAAGUUAAACUCCUGCAUAAAGAUGGCGGAAUUGCAAUCAUCGAUCAAAUCAUUUGCUCUCAUGCCAGAUAUUUCAUUGGGUCACAAGAUUCGACGUUCUCAUUUCGAAUUCAGGAGGAACGAGAGAUUCUCGGUUUCGACCCAGAUUCAACGUUCAAUGGUUUCUGUGUGGACAGUGAAACGAAAUGCGAACAGCCCUCCCGAUGGAAAAUAAUUUACUGAAAACUACUCUCAACCGUUCACAAUUCACAGUAAAUAACCGUUCACUCGUUUUUUUCUUCCUCCUCCUGUGAUCAAGAGGAUAUUAUUGUCCGAACUUCGCCACGUCAACAAGUAGAAUUUUUUCUAAUAUUAAUUUAAUGUGUAUUUUACUUGAAUGCAUUUAUUUAUGUUAUCUGUGAUAAUAGGGUAUCUAUACGUAAAAAAUGAGGUGAUACUCAAGUAAAAGUAACUAAGCUAUAUACAUUUUCUAAAUCUCAAAUAAUUUUUUAAUUGUGUAUGCUUGUUGUGUGAGAUGAUUAGAGCUUGAGCUUUACUAACUUAUAUUUUUUUGUCAAUUCAAGUGGUAUGUAAGCUCCAUUAAGCUUAAUGCUAAGCUUAAGGUAUGUUAUCUAAUGUAAGGGUGUCAUUUAUUUAUGUGCCAUUUCUCAAAUGUGCGAGUAUUUCAAAAUUUCGUUAUUUGUGUAAUUAUUUGUUAUUUGUAUUAUCAUCUAAAAUGAUCGAAACAUUUCCCAUAAUAUUGUCAUUUAAAAGCCAAAA